AAAUCUGUGGCAGCGUGGACGUCCGCAACUCGCCCACCAAUCUGGACCGGCUGAAGGAUUGCGUCGUGGUCGAGGGUUUCGUGCACAUCCUCCUGAUCGACAAGUACACGGAGGCAAGCUUCGAGAACUAUUCCUUCCCGCUGCUGACGGAAAUCACCGAGUAUCUGCUUCUGUUUCGGGUCAACGGGCUGAAAACGCUGCGCAAGCUGUUCCCCAAUCUGGCCGUGAUCCGGGGCAGUUCGCUGGUCAGUGACUACGCCAUCGUGAUCUACGAGCUGAUGCACAUCGAG